UCCUGAGGCAGUUCGGUGUGGUAGGCUGCAUUUCCAUACCGAUCCUGCUGGUGUUUCUCUCACUGGAGUUUCAGGCGAGAAGUGAAUAUGUCCGGUCGUGGAAAGCAGGGUGGGAAAGUGCGGGCAAAAGCCAAGUCCCGCUCUUCCCGCGCGGGCCUGCAGUUCCCGGUGGGCCGAGUGCACAGACUCCUGCGCAAAGGUAACUACGCGGAGCGAGUAGGCGCUGGGGCCCCGGUGUACCUGGCGGCGGUGCUGGAGUACCUGACGGCCGAGAUCCUGGAGUUGGCUGGCAACGCCGCGCGCGACAACAAGAAGACUAGGAUAAUCCCUCGCCACCUGCAGCUCGCCAUCCGCAACGACGAGGAGCUAAACAAGCUGCUGGGAAAAGUGACCAUCGCUCAGGGCGGCGUCCUGCCCAACAUCCAGGCUGUGUUGCUGCCCAAGAAGACUGAGAGUCAGAAGGUGAAGAGCAAGUGACCCUGACGCCCCACGGGAAAGCUGACUUCUCCAGCAAAGGCUCUUUCCAAAGCGGUCCCGCAGUGGUUUUGAUUGUGCUGAAUGUCAUGGAGGGCCAGUACGAUCUAGCGGGGAGAUGGGCAGUGAGGAGCCCGCCGGAGUCGGGAGCCAAUAAAGUCGGUGAAAAUCGAGUAGUCGAGAGAGCUGUGUAGUCGCGGGACCUACCGGAUGACCGGGGUAGGGGGUGGGGGCGCGACCGGAACCCUCUGGAGCAGGUAAUGGUCGGUCAGCUCGAGUCCCUCCGGACACUAUGAUCCGCAAGUAGAUCCCCCUUGAAGCGUUGAGGAAGGGUGAGGGAGACCAAGAUGGUCUGUAGAUGGCAGGGUUGGGAACUCCCUACUUGCAUUAAGGCACAGGAGACCUGGCUAGGUGCGGUUCGGCCUACUUAGAAAUUAUUUUACUUCGCGUUUCCAAGGCUUCUGCCUUUUGUGAGCGGUCAAGAGUAAGCCAUAAGGAGAACCAUGGGGCUGAGCUGGUUUGGGUUAGGAAGUUGUCUCUGGACAUACUUUUCAAAAGGUGGGGUAAUUUCCCCUCUUUGAAGUGUGGCCCCCAGUGACACGAUAUCAAUAUAAGAUUCUUUCUAGCCCAAUAGUUCUUGUGUUUUCACGUUCUGGAUGUCAGCUAUCUUAACCUAGCACCCUUAUGUUCUCAUUUCUUUAAAAUGAAGGAAACAUUCAGUAAUUUUUGUAACACAGAAGUAUGAGUCAUGAGGGUGGAAAUGUUUUCCUGACACGUUGCAUAACAGUGGAAUCUUUAAUCUGGACUUAUGAAUGCUUACAAGCUUUUAAAAUGAUUUUCUCAAGUGUUGGCUUCUUAAUGGUCUUGUCUCCAUCAUGUCAUGCUCUUGGAAAUGACUUGACUUGCUUAACAACAAAACCAACAAUAACCCUUGCUUUUAAGGAUUACACAUACUCAACAAAUAACUUUCUUGAAAUUCCUUAUGUUCUCCUUGAAAUAAUGACCCCAUUCCAGUAAUGCCUGUAGGAAUUGUGAUUCUUACAGGCACAACAUUGCUUUAAUAAAUAUGCAAGGAAAGGUAAGACCACAGGAUUUAAAUAUAGGGAAAAAACACAUUUCAGGGUGAGACUCAACACUUAAAAGUUCAACAUUAGUAAUCUUGUUCUGUCCUUUAUUGACCCUUCCAUUUCGUCCUUCUAAGCAAGCUCCAUCCUGGCCCAUAGAGCCCACAAAAAAGAUCUCAGUUUAGAUUUCACAUUUACAGAUUCAACUUUUCUGUGAGUCAGAGUUGAAGUCGUUCUCUGGGCGUGGGUAGUAAGAAAUGGUCUAGCAGUGACUGGCCCAUUUUCCCUCAUGGACUGUUUCAUCCAUGCUUAUUCAACAUCUCUGCCAUGCUGUGUACUAAGUAAUAAGGGUAUAGCUGUGAAUGAGGCCACAGGCUUCUACACUCUUGGAACUCAGUUCUUUUUUUUCCCCCCUUUCGGUUCCUAAGAACAAGAAACAAAUAAAUAAUAUUAUAGAUGA